AUGGAUGCUGAAAAAGUCCCUGGACCACUGGUGAUCGCUAUACCUGCAUCAGAGCGAGUCAAUGUACUGCUCUUGAUAGCUAUUUGGCUAUGGCAAACUAUCUUGAAAUUCCUAUCGUCAUACCAGUUGGACGUGUCGACCCUUGUACAGACCAGAAACCCCAAUGAGGUUGUGCUUCCGUUGAAUCAGUUGCAAAUGCAGAGACUUUCGAGAAAAUUUGCCAUUAGGAUUUCUAAAAUUGUUGUACCUUUACUUGUCGUUAGUAUGAUCUGUCAACAAUGGGCCGAAACUAAUGACUUCGCACAUUUACUUGUGUCAAUAAUACCAUUGGUUGAAUUUGCCAUCAUAAUUGGUUCCAUUAUCCAAAAAUGUCAGAUAAUUGCGUACUGUGUCAAGAGGAUCUUAUUGAUAGAACCCACUCCAAGGUCCAUGAGAAAUGUCUACAUCUUAAUCUCAGAUACGCUCACUUCAUUUACAAAACCAUUGAUUGAUUUUUCACUGCAUAUGACAGCGCUUGUACUGAGCAAAGACGCUGUAUGGACCCAUUUCGACCUUCUCGUGUCGCUAUUUCCAUUAGAGAUCAGAAUAUGGCAGUGUCUGAGAGAAUUUUACCUGACAAAAGAUAGAUCAAUGCUGGUAAACGCAUUAAAAUACUGUUCCGGUAUACCGAUUGUGGUCAGCGUUUGGUACACUAGGGUCGCACCAGACAUUCAAAAUUUCAACACGGUUUACUGGUUUCAAUGCCUAAAUUCGUGCUUCACAUUAUUUUGGGAUGUCAAGAUGGAUUGGAGAUGUAACUCACUGCUGCAAAUACGGAAAAAUCACAAGUCGACGAACAGUGUGAUUUUUCCCAAGUUUAUUUAUUACAUCGGGUUUCUCACUGAUUUUACUAUAAAAUUUUGGUGGAUCUGGGUCAUGAAAACACCAAACCAUAUGCUUUUCUUCCAAAGCGAAUUACAAUACCUCGAAGUGCUUAGAAGAUCAAUUUGGGUCAUAUUCAAAUUGGAAUCCGAAUAUGUAAUGACAAGAAAUUUAGUUACGGAGAAAUAA